GCGCUCCGCGACAAGUGCUCAUUCGAGUUUGGAUCAGUGCGCGAAGCAGAUCGCUUUGCGGUUACGGUCGUGCGUUUCAUAAACAACUAGAAACUUGUGAAUUGUCGUGAGCUUGAGUGAUGUCGAAGGAUAGCCCGAGGCUGAGUCGGCUGGGGGUGCUGGCUCCCGCCGCGCUGUCGGCCUGCAUGGAUGCUUCGGUCCUAGCUGUGCCUGCCGCUGGUGCUAUCGUCUCCACCGUCCUCAAAGAACUCAGCAAGGCUUUCAUGCUUAAAAAAUGGUACCAUGGAGGCAUUUCUGCAAAAGAAGCGGAGCAUUUGAUGAUGGACAAAGGAAGGAACGGGUCAUUCUUAGUGCGCGAGUCGCAAACGCACCCCGGCGAGUACGUGCUCUCGGUACGUGUGCGCGGUCGAGUCAGCCAUGUUAUGAUCAGAAAGCAGAACAACAAAUACGACGUGGGCAGUGGCGAGCAGUUCGAUGACCUAGUAGGGUUGAUAGAACACUUUCGGACGUAUCCUAUAAUAGAGACGUCUGGUGACGUACUACGUCUGCUACAGCCGGUCGGCGGGAUAAGUCUACGUGCACAUGUUCAGAAUAGCGUCAAGGAAAUGAGGGAUUUUAGUGACAAUCACAACGACCCAGGAUUAGACGGAGAGUUUCAUUCUUUAAACAUGUUGGAUAAUGUGCAUGUAUUCACAACGGUUGAAGGCUCGAAGCCGGAGAAUGCGAGCAAGAACAGAUAUCGCAAUGUGUUACCAUAUGAUCAGACCCGCGUAGUAUUACGCAGGGACGAAGAUUCGGGGGAAACAGAUUAUAUCAAUGCAAACUAUAUUCAUACUACUUAUCCGCUUGAUCCGGGCAAAGUAACGAAGUCUAGAAGUAUAAGCGACAACCUGAGUGUGAUUUCAAUAUCCAGAGGCGAUACCAAGAAAGCCGCUCCAUCGGUUACAAAGUCCUUAUCAGACGAUGCGCUUCGAGAUGUCAAAAAUUACUUCAAGAUGGACAAAUCGAACAUCAGUUUUAGUCGAAAUAUAAUUAAGGAUAAAAUAUACAUAGCCACUCAAGGGUGUCUGCCUAACACAAUAAAUGAUUUCUGGCUGAUGUUGUGGCAAGAAGACGUCAGAGUGGUGGCCAUGAUCACUAACGAAGUCGAAAGGGGAAAGAAAAAAUGCGAGCGUUACUGGCCUCCCUCCGGCGAAGAGGGUACUUAUGGCGAGUUGACUGUGAAGUGGCUGUCUGAGACGAAAGUUGACGAGUACAUCGUCAGGGAGUUUGAUGUCAAUGAUACCGCCAACUGUCGAACAAUGUACCUGUAUCAGUAUACGGGCUGGCCCGACCACAGCAUCCCACCUGACUCGAAUCACAUCUUGAUGUUUUUAGAAGACAUAAAUCGUCGGAUGUAUAGGAUCUCACAGGAGAAAGACAGUCCAGAAGAAAACGUGUUGUGCGUUCACUGCUCAGCGGGCGUUGGUAGGACUGGCACCUUCAUAGUCCUGGAUAUGCUAAUUGACAAGAUAAAAAUGUCAAAAUUUCAAAGUGAAUAUGAGGUUCACGACACUGUGAAGUUGGUGCGGUCGCAGCGCAGCGGGCUGGUGCAGACAAAGGCCCAGUACAGAUUUAUAUAUCUGUCCCUUCAGUAUUAUCUUGAUAACAAUAAUAUAAAAAUAAGGAAAAAGGUAAAAGAUCCCCAAGAUAUUCUUCUGAAGCUUAAAUGGAAAAUACCAGUGAACCAAAGCAUGUAUUAUAUAUUAAACAAUGUGAUCACAAAAUAGAAUUAAGUAUAAUUUUAAUAUUCACUAAAUUAUAUGGUACCAUGGCUGAAGUUCCGAAAUUAAAGGGAGACAAAAAGCGCGAAUGCGUCUGAGCGAGAAAGAGAGAUCAUUGUAUGAAUUUCAGUAGAGAAAUACAGUGAUAUCGACGUUGAUAAAUAAAUUUGCCCGCGGUAAAAUUAAGGUCUUUUGAUAAAUCGUUAGUUAAGGUUCUGAAAUCGAAAGGAACAAAGCUGUGGGGCUGAUUAUGGUAGCUAGCACCAAAUGAUAAUAUUAAUUUUAUGAUUAUUAUCUAGGUCCGUACUCAAAUUGUUGGUAGGUAGACUUAAUUGUACCUCUGAUUAAAAGGUUGUUUUAUAAAGA